AUGACACUCGCAUAUUUACGACAACACAACUUCAAGGUGACCCGUCACAUCACCUCCAACCUACUAUGGGUCACCUUGGUGUUCGGAAUGAGCGUCUUCACUUUCGGGUACGAAGGCUCAACGCUCAACACAAUUCAGGCCAUGACGCCGUUCGAGAAGAGGUUUGGUGAUUACCUCCCGGAAAAGAAGGCAUUUGGAUUCACGUCAAACAAGCUAGCGUACAUGAACUCAUUUCCAUUGAUCGUCUACGCGGUUGGCGUCAUCGUUGGUGCUCAGAUCGGCGAGCGCUGGGGCCGAAGGCUGGUAUUCAUUCUCACCAACAUUGUUUGCAUGGCGGGUACGAUCAUCGUUUACACGGCGAAGACAUACGACCAACUGCUUGCGGGCCGAAUGAUCGUCAAUUUCCACGUCGGUAUGGAGGCCUUCCUCAUCCCCAUGUUCCAAGCCGAGAUCGCGCCUGCGGCUGUUAGAGGGUCAUUAACCGCUAUCUAUGGCGUUAAUGGCGUCUUCGCAGCCUUCAUCGCAUCCAUCGUCACGAACUUCACCAGUCACAUCAAGAACGACCUGUGCUGGAAGAUUCCCGUCGGUAUCGGUUUCACGUUUCCCGCCUUCUCUUUGUUCUUCUGGAUCUUGAUUCCCGAGUCGCCAAGAUGGCUUCUUCGUAAGGGAGAGUAUCAGAAGGCGGUAGAGAACCUCGACUACCUGUUUGGCGCCAUGCCAGGGUAUGAUGCCGAGAAGGAGGCUAGGCUUCUGCAGGAGGCUCUGAACACCAGUGAGACCCAGGGCAAGUGGAAGGAUUUGGUAAAGGGCACGAACUUGCGCCGCACUGUCAACGGACUGACUGCCGCUGCAUUGGCGUCGCUCUCUGGUGCAUCAUUCUCCAACCUCUACGGAACCAUUUUCCUGAAGAGCUUGAAGAUUGUCGACCCCUUCAUGAUGACCAUGGUUAAGAGAGCCUUGCUUCUUGCCACCGCCAUCACGUUCAUGUUCAUCAUCGAUCGUGUUGGCCGCCGUCGUCUAUUCCUCCAGAUGGGUUUCAUUCAGACAGCUGUUCUCAUGGUCAUGGGUGGCUUGGGAACGAUAGCUCAUCCAACUCUCGACAUCAACAAGGGCAUUGUAGCGCUCACCGUUAUGUUUCCUAUUUUCCACUUCGUCUCAUUUGGUGGCCCACUGCAAUUAACGAAGACGGAGAUUCCACACAUCACGCUCCGAGACAAGUCCGUCAUGCUCUUCUGGCUGACGGCAAACCUUUGCAACUUCAUCGCAUCAUUUACUCUGCCAUACCUCCUUCAGGAGCCGGCAAACCUUGGCUCUCGUGUUGGUCUCAUCUACGGAUCAAUAUCGGCCAUGGGUCUGGUAUGGGGAUUCUUCUGCAUGCCAGAGAUGGCUAAGAAGUCUUUGGAGGAGAUUGAUGAAAUGUUUGCUGCUGGUGUUCCAGCAUGGAAGUCAAGACACUGGAGAGGAGAGCAAGCUGCAAAGAUUACCGACAUCGAGAACCACGGUGUCUCAAGUGAUACCGAAAGUGAGAGGAGUGUUGAGAAACCGGACCUGGAGCCCAUUGUGGAGGAAAAGCCUGUGAAGGCAUGA